UUCUGAUUGUUUUUAUAUCAUAUGUCGGAAUGUAAAAUUCAAAAGCGAAUAGACUUUGCACCUUGAUAUAUUGUUUUUAAGUUCAGUUGUUUUUUGUUAAGUAUUCUUUAUUUAAAAUUUAAUUUUAUAUUCUUAACACAAUGUCUCUAGUAGCGAAAUCAUUAGUUUUCGUGAAUUCCGCCAAAUUAGCACCCGGAAUAUUAUCAAGAUUAUAUUCAUCUAAAAUAGAUGUGCCACAAUUUGAAACAUUAGCUAUAUCUGUUCCUAAGAAAAAUGUCUUCCACGUUGAGAUGAACCGUCCUAAGCAGUUGAAUACUUUCAACAAUGUAAUGUGGAAAGAAUUCUACGACUGCUUCAUGUCAUUAAAUGACAAUCCUGAAUGCAGAGUUAUUGUGUUGUCCGGAAAAGGAAAGCAUUUUACAGCUGGCAUUGACUUCAAUAGUCUUCUCGAAGAAGAAAGCAAGACUCAAGAAUUUGAUGACGUAGCGAGAAAAGCGCGCAUUUUCCAAACGCUAAUCACUUAUUGUCAAAAUGGAAUAUCAGCAUUGGAAGAUUGUGUAAAGCCAGUGUUAUCUGUGGUGCAUAACGCUUGCAUCGGCGCAGGAGUGGAUCUUAUCACAGCUGCUGAUAUGAGAUACUGCACAGAAGAAGCGUGGUUCCAAGUGAAGGAAGUCGACCUCGGUCUUGCGGCAGAUGUGGGAUCUCUGCAAAGACUGCCCAAGGUUAUUGGCAACACAUCAACAGUGAGGGAGCUCUGCUUCACAGCAAGGAAGUUGGAGUCCAAAGAGGCGUUGGAACUUGGCUUGGUCAGCAAAGUGUUCCCAGACAAAGACACUGCUAUUCAGCAAAUUCUUGAAUUAGCUGAAACCAUCGCGGCCAAGAGCCCAGUAGCUGUUCAAAUGACGAAGAAAUCAAUGGUCUACUCCCAAAGUAGACCCAACAAGGAUGGCCUUGAACACAUUAAAUUAAUAAAUCAAAUGAUGCUGCAAAGUGAAGAUUUAAGAAAAGCUGCAAUGGCCCAAGCGACUAAGACUGUAACUGAAUUCGAUAAUUUGUAAU